AUGAAACCCUACAGGGAGGAAGCGCUCCGGAGCAGAGAGCGAAUCGAUCUUGGCCACGAAUGCCUCAGCAAUAGCUCCUCGGAGACUCUGGCCUGGAAAGAUGAACGCGACCCUGAAAAUCCCUAUAAUUGGACGCUCAUCAAAAAAUGGGCUCUUACAUGCCUUGCCGCCUUCACGACAUAUCUCACAAUGAUGAACGGUACCAUCAUAACCGUGGCACACUUUGAAAUAUCUGAAGCGUUCAACAUCGACGAGACCACAUUCCUACACUCUUACUGGCUCGUGACAACCUGGGCUGUUGGUGGUGCGUGCGCCGCCCUGUUCAUUCUCCCACUCGCGGAAGAUUUUGGAACCCGACCCGUGUUUCUCUCCACGUAUCUCAUCCUCAUCUGCUCCCUCAUUCCCCAAGCUGUCGCUCAGAAUUUUGCCACAUUGGUGGUAACCCGGUUUUUCUCCGGUGGCUGUGUUGCUAUAUUGGCAAACACAGCUGCGGGCGUGAUGGGUAACCUAUGGAAUACUGAAUGGGAUAGAUCAGUACCUGUCAGCUUAUACAUCAUUGGAUAUAUGACUGGAAGUAGUAUAGGCCCUGUGAUAGGUGCUGCUAUCUACCAAGCUCUUGGAUGGAGAUGGAUAAGUUAUAUACAAAUAAUUUGGUUCGCGGUAUUAUUUCCGAUCUACUACUUCUUUUUCUACGAGUCGCGGGGAACAGCGGUUCUCGCACGCCGAGCAAAGAUCACUCGCAAAGCUCAGAAUUAUACCGAUAUCAACGAGAAGAUUUCUCUUUCGUCUCUUAUCACAGAGACUAUCAUACCUAGCGCCAAAAGACCGGUUGUCUUAGUAUUCACCGAGCCCGUUCUAUUCGUGUCAACUAUCUGGUCCGCGUUUACUGUUGGAACCCUCUUUCUGUUCACUCAGUCGGUCGAGCAAGUUUUCAUGGACUUAUACGGUUGGAACGCCACGCAAACCGGUUUUGUCCAGGCCGCAAUCGUUAUUGGAGAAUUAAUCGGAUGGGUCCUCAACUUCAUCUCCCGCACGCUCUACUUCCAGUCGGCUUCACGGAACAAAGAAGUCCCUGGCGCUCCGAUUCCAGAGUCAAGGCUCUAUAUGGCAGUUCUCGGCGGCGUUCUGGGUAUAUCUGGGGGAAUGUUCACCUACGCGUGGACUUCAUACGAGCAUAUUCCCUGGAUUGCGCCAUCUGCCGGAUUGGGACUGGUCGGUGCUGGUAGUGUCCUUGUGGUGUCUGGAGUAUCCGAUUACGUUGUGGAUGCAUAUAGCAAUUACGCUGGAAGUGCGAUGGGAGCAGUCGCGACAGGAGAGAAUAUUUUCUCUGCUUUCUUGCCUUUGGCAACUAUGAGCAUGUAUGGCCACCUUGGACCGAAAUGGGCAAGUACUGUGUUGGCCUUGAUUGCUUUGGUUCUUUCCCUUAUCCCUACUCUGAUGUUUUUCUGGGGGAAGAAGGUGAGAGAUCGAAGUCCGUUCAUGAAUGAAAUGAUGAAUGAUGCUGUCAAGAGAAAUGACGGGGAGGCUUGGUAUAUUGUUAUGAAAAGUAUAUAG